AGCAGCUGCCCCCCCAGCAAAAAGCUGCAGCCGAAAAUCGCUUGGCCGCCCAGAGAGAUAGAGCGAGUUAUUCAGAAUUAAGCUUGGGCACAUGCACAUGCGGUGCGUGCGAUGCGUCAUUCCAUCCAGCAACCAAGCCUCAAAGUGGUCAACACCACCACCACCGGCCCCCCUCGCCCACGACACACCAAUUCCAAAUAGUCCUGCGAUUGCUCAUAGGCUGCUGCUGCUGAUGCGCAUGCACCACCACAGGCGACGAGCAUUGGAUCUCCGCUGACGAGCAGUAUUUCUUGUUCAAUGCCACCAGUGCAUUGACGACAACGACUUCUACCUCCAAGAACGCUGCAUAUCCCACACAUCAUCAUGUCUGCACCUUCGAGGAUACCAGGGCGCCUGGCCAGGGCGGCAACACCACUCGCGAGAGCCAGGUCACAAUCACAAUGCCCACGGGCGGUAACAGCCUGCUUCCCACGGAGGACAAUACUGCGCCAGUCGUACGCCGCGACCAGCAGGACAACCCAGGCCAGGCUGUUUUCCGUCAGUGCCUCGAGGCGCAUGGCCACCCCGGACGACUCCUUCAACCCGGCCACAAUAGAACGGGAGAGCGACCAGGUCGACGUGUGUAUAGUAGGCGGAGGCCCAGCAGGUCUCUCCGCCGCCAUCCGCCUCAAGCAGCUCGCCAAUGAGGCCGGCAACGACGAGUUCCGCGUCCUGCUCCUCGAGAAGGCCGGCGAGAUCGGCGCCCACAUCCUCUCGGGGGCCGUCAUCCAGCCCACCGCCGUCGAGGAGCUCCUCCCGGACUGGCUGGCCGAGGACAACGAGUCGCGCUUCGACGGCGCCACCCCGGCCGGCGACGACCACAUGCGCUUCCUCCUGACCAAGUCCAUGUCCGUGCCCCUGCCCACCCCGCCGCCCAUGCACAACAAGGGCAACUACAUCGUCAGCCUGAACCAGUUCACAAAGUGGCUCGGCGAGCGCGCAGAGGAGGUCGGCGUCGAGGUCUACCCGGGCUUCAGCGCCAGCGAGGUCCUGUACAAGGCCGACGGGAGCGUCCUGGGCGUCGCCACCAACGACCUGGGCAUCGGCCGCAGCGGCAGGCCCAAGGACACGUUCGAGCGCGGCAUGGAGUUCCACGCCCGCGUCACCAUGUUCGGCGAGGGCUGCCACGGCAGCCUGAGCAAGCAGGUCAUCAAGAAGUUUGACCUGCGCAGCGAGUCGGACCCGCAGACGUACGGCCUGGGCGUCAAGGAGGUCUGGGAGGUGCAGCCCGACAAGUUCAAGAAGGGCGACAUCACGCACUCGAUGGGCUACCCCCUGCCCUACGACACGUACGGCGGCGGCUGGAUGUACCACUUUGGCGACAACCUCGUCUCCGUCGGCCUGGUCACGGCGCUCGACUACCCGAACCCGUGGAUGAGCCCCUACCAGGAGUUCCAGAAGAUGAAGAAGCACCCCGUCUACGCCUCGGUGCUCGAGGGCGGCAAGUGCAUCUCGUACGGCGCGCGCGCGCUCAUCGAGGGCGGCUUCCAGUCCAUCCCAAAGGUCGCCUUCCCCGGCGGCGCGCUGAUCGGCGACUCGGCCGGCUUCGUCAACCUGCCCAAGAUCAAGGGCACCCACAACGCCAUGAAGUCGGGCAUGCUGGCCGCCGAGGCCGCCUGGGCCGCGCUGAGCACCAACGCCGACGACGGCUCGGUGUUCCUGUACGACUACGAGGCCAGCCUGCGCGAGAGCUGGAUAUGGAAGGAGCUCAAGGAGGUGCGCAACCUGCGGCCCUCGUUCCACACCCCGCUCGGCCUGUACGGCGGCAUCAUGUGGUCCGGCCUCGACACCUUCCUGCUCAAGGGCCGCCUUCCCGUCACGUUCAGGCACAAGGUCGCCGACCACGCCGCCACCAGGACCGCCGACAAGUGCCCCAAGAUCGAGUACGAGAAGCCCGACGGCAAGCUCACCUUCGACAUCCUCACCAGCGUCAGCCGCACCGGCACCAACCACGAGGAGGACCAGCCCGUGCACCUGCAGGUCAAGGACUGGGAGAAGCACACGGCCGAGACGUGGCCCGCGUACAAGGGCCUCGAGAACAGGUUCUGCCCCGCCGGGGUGUACGAGUACGUCGAGGAUGCGUCCAAGCCCGAGGGCGUGAGGUUCCAGAUCAACGCGCAGAACUGCAUACACUGCAAGACAUGCGACAUCAAGGCCCCCCACCAGGACAUCAACUGGCAGGUCCCCCAGGGCGGCGAGGGUCCCAAGUACUACAUGACAUAGAGAAGAGAAGCAGGACGUGGGCCAGGCCAGGCCGGGGGUUCAUCUGUAUGAGAACUCAAAGCAUCAGUUCGACAAGAGGCGUACCAGGGGCGCCAGCAGGAGAACCAGGCAGCCUCGAUUGUAAGGAAAUUAUGUGGGUAGGGGGGACAUUAGCGACAUAUAUGUACUCCAUAUGUAGACAGAGCCGGCCACUCGGGGUCUUCGGAGAGGAUAAAAAAAAGUGAAAUAAAAAGGGCUCGACCUGAUCAGCGAAGUUGUCCAUGGAACCUGGCGAUACCGUACCGGGGCCUACAGGCAGCCCACAAGAGUUACAAGGGGCCUACAAGACAUACCUCAUUUUCAAGACUUACACCCACCACAAGAGUUAGAGGAUUAAUGUAUCAAAGUCACAUAAGGACUUUCUAGGGAAAGAAGUAGGUUUACAUACCUAGAGGAAGAAGUAGUCAUAAAGAGGUAGUCACGAAGAGGCAGUCAUGAAGAGGCAGUCACGAAGAGGCACAUGUACAGUCACGAAGAUCAAGCCAAAUAAGAAGAGGAAGAGGAGGAAG